GCGAGGGCGGGGCCCGCGCAGGCGCGCGGCGGCGGGUGUGUCGCGCAGGCGCAGUGCGGCGCUGCGCGCUGGGCUGGGAUUUAAAGGGCCAGGAGCGGCGGGGCCUGCGCUGCCCCCCCCCCGCCCCGGGGACCCUCCCCCGCUCCCCAAAAUGGUGUGCGGCGGCUUCGCCUGCUCCCGCAACGCCCUCUGCGCCCUCAACGUGGUCUACGUGCUCGUGGGGCUGCUGCUCAUCGGCGUGGCUGCCUGGGGCAAGGGCUUCGGCAUCGUCUCCAGCAUCCACAUCAUCGGCGGCGUCAUCGCCGUCGGCUUCUUCCUGCUGCUCAUCGCCAUCGUGGGCCUCAUCGGAGCCAUCCACCACCACCAGGUCAUGCUGUUCUUCUACAUGAUCAUCCUGGGCCUCGUCUUCGUCUUCCAGUUCGGCGUGUCCUGCUCGUGCCUGGCUAUUAACAGGAGCCGGCAGGAGGGGCUCUUCAGCUCCACCUGGCCCAUCCUGAGCAACAAGACCAAGACGGAGCUGGAGAAGAACCUGGACUGCUGCGGGCUGCUCAACAGCACCGCCGACUUCCAGACCUUCCAGGCGGAGUUUGGCGUCUGCCCCGCGAAGUGCAAGACCCUCCUGGGCAAAGACCCCCGAGCCAAGUGUCUGACCUGCGGCGAGAAGAUGCUGCAGCACUCGGACGAAGCCCUGAAGAUCCUGGGCGGCGUCGGCCUCUUCUUCAGCUUCACAGAGAUCCUGGGCGUGUGGCUCGCCAUGCGGUACCGGAACCAGAAGGACCCCAGAGCCAACCCCAGUGCCUUCUUAUAGGGGUGGUGGCCUGCCCCGUCCCCCGCCGGGGCACGCGCCGCCCCUCCGCCCCCGUAGCCGCUAGGAAGCCCCCCCGGGGCCCGUCUCCGCUGAAGGCGCCCCCCCUCCGGGCGCGCGGGGCCGCUGCCACGUUCCCGAGCCGCUGAUCGGCCGCGCCGCCGCCGCAUGAAGCCUUCGGCACGUGGCAGCCGGGCCCGAGGGGCUCCCAAGAGGGUGGCGGUGCCCUCUGGCUUCGGCAGCGCCCCGGCGAGCUGCGGCCCCCCCGGUGCUCGCGGCGGGGGCCGGCCCCGGCUGGAGCUGGGCUCGUGGCCCCCCCAGUGCCCAUGGCGGGGGCCGGCCCCCGGAGCAGGCGCCGAGGCCGCGGACACCCCUCUUCUCUGCGGGCACCGGACGGGCCCAGCUGCUCCGGGCCAAGGCUCCCCACUUCCCCCCCCACCCUGCCCCAGUAAGCUUUGCCCCCCAGACUGGUGCAUGCUGGUUAUUUAUAUGCUGGGAAACAGGACAAGCAGCACCCAAAAGCCCUCAGCACCUUCCUGCCCCUUCACCCCCUCACCUGGCCCAGGGCUGGCGCUGCCCCAGGGUGUCCCCCCGCCCCAGCCUGGCACAGGGAGGGCAGGCAGGUGCCCCCAUGCUGGGCUGACCCCCCCCUCCAUGCCACUGCACACGGAGGGGGUGGCAGCACCGUGUGUCUCCCCCACCCCGGUCUGCCCGCUGCCCCUGUAGGGAUGUCACCGCGUCCGAGACAGUUCAAAUAAACGCCAUUCAGUGA